AUGAGUGCCUCCGUUUCGAGGCUUCUUCUCACAUCCCGCGCUGUUGCUUCCCACCCUCGCAUCACCGCCUUUCGACGUCCCGCCUUUGGAGCUCUCCAGACCUACUCCCCCGCCGCCUUCCGCACCAUGGCCACCUCUCAGAAGAUCAAGGUCAAGAACCCCGUCGUCGAGCUCGACGGCGACGAGAUGACCCGCAUCAUCUGGCAGAGCAUCAAGGACAAGUUCAUCCACCCCUACCUCGACAUUGACCUCAAGUACUACGACCUCGGCCUCGAGUACCGCGACCAGACCGACGACCAGGUCACCAUUGACGCUGCCGAGGCCAUCAAGAAGUACUCUGUUGGUGUCAAGUGCGCCACCAUCACCCCCGAUGAGGCCCGUGUCGAGGAAUUCAAGCUCAAGAAGAUGUGGCUCUCCCCUAACGGCACCAUCCGCAACGCUCUGGGCGGCACCGUCUUCCGUGAACCCAUCGUCAUCCCCCGAAUCCCCCGCCUCGUCCCCGGCUGGAAGCAGCCCAUCAUCAUUGGCCGCCACGCCUUUGGCGACCAGUACCGCGCCAAGGACCGCGUCAUUCCCGGCCCCGGCCGCCUCUCCAUGGUCUUCACCCCCGAGGGCGGCCAGCCUGAGGAGAUUGACGUCUUCGACUUCAAGACGGGCGGCGGCGUCGCCCAGACCCAGUACAACACCGACGAGUCCAUCACCGGCUUCGCCCACGCCUCCUUCAAGCUCGCCCUCGACAAGGGCUACCCGCUCUACAUGAGCACCAAGAACACUAUCCUCAAGAAGUACGACGGUCGCUUCAAGGAUAUUUUCCAGGAAAUCUACGACACCACCUACAAGAAGGACUUUGAGGCCAAGAAGAUUUGGUAUGAGCACCGCCUCAUUGACGACAUGGUUGCCCAGAUGAUGAAGAGCUCCGGUGGCUACAUCAUGGCUCUUAAGAACUACGACGGCGAUGUCCAGUCCGACGUCGUCGCCCAGGGUUUCGGCUCCCUCGGCCUUAUGACCUCGGUCCUCAUCACCCCCGACGGAAAGACGUUCGAGUCGGAGGCCGCCCACGGCACCGUCACCCGCCACUACCGCGAGCACCAAAAGGGCCGCGAGACCUCCACCAACCCCAUCGCCUCCAUCUUCGCCUGGACCCGCGGCCUCGUCCAGCGUGGCAAGCUCGACGACACCCCGGACGUCGUCGCCUUCGCCGAGGCCCUCGAGCGCGCCUGCAUCGACACCGUCGACGUCGACGGCGUCAUGACCAAGGAUCUGGCCCUCGCCUGCGGCAAGACGGGCCGCGAGGACUACGUCACCACCACCGAGUACCUCAACGCGGUGGAGCGCCGCCUCAAGCAGAGCUUCACCCAGGGCAAGCUGUAA